AGGAGCGUUUAAGCGCCGUCACAGCAGCUCUACACCGACCAAGAUACCGGGCAAGACGCUGAGAACGAGUGGCGGGGAUAGACAGACGGUCAGCAUUGAGCUGAGACAGUACGAUCAUUCCAAAGGUGCAUUUACAUACGACAGUUUUCAACUUGGUAAGGGCCACAGGUUCUGCCUCAUGCCGCUCAACAACGCCACCUGGUGUGACCUGUGCGGAGACCUAAUCUGGGGAUUGUUGAACAAUAAUUGCCUGAGAUGUUACAACUGUAACUACACGUGCCACCACAAGUGUCGCCAGCUGGUGUCGCUCGACUGCACUAACCCGCUGCGUGAGAUGCCGGCCGAGACGUCUCUGAUUUCGCAGCUCAUCGAGGAGCAACCGAGUCCGUCCACAACUCUCAGCUCGCUCUCUAACGGCUCCGUCGUGUCUUGUGUGAGUAUAGGUGGCGCCACCAUCGGCGGUUGCGAACGCCCUAGAAUUAGGAACAUGGCCUAUUGUACAGGCGACAUUGUACUGUACAGGCGACAUUAUAUUUAA